GAGUCUGGUGAAGGCGACCGACCGCUCCCUUCGUGGUCCGUCAGAACGAAUUUUAACGUAUAUUUUUUGUAGAAAAAACGGGAUCCGCGAUUAAGUCGUAUAUGGAGGUAAGAAGUGGAAAACGGUCGUUUCAGCGUGUCAAAUCACGCAAAGUGAACUGAAGUGAAGUGGCCUCGGCGAAGUGGAGAUCCAAAAGCGUAGAAAAGAGAGAGAGUGAGAAGAAGAGAAAGAAAGAGAAGAAGAGACCGUGCGAAGUGGUUAUAAGGUUCUUGAGUGCAGUCGUGCGUGUUUUCGGGCAAUGUCUCUUGAGAGUCGUUCGAGCUCAGCCCUAUUUAAAAGGGCUGAACAGCUCAAACGUUGGGAACAGUCCGAAACAAAUCGUGAACCGGCCCAACCACGUCAGGUCGCACGGAAGAUUAAAUUCUCAGCGGAUUGUGUAUUCCUGGCAGCAUGCGCGGCAGGCGACAAGGAGGAGGUCGUACGUUUACUCCAAAAGGGGGCGGAUAUCAACACCGGAAAUGUUGACGGUCUCACAGCGUUACAUCAGGCAUGUAUCAAUGAUGAUCUGGAUAUGGUCGAAUUUUUAGUGGAAAAAGGAGCUGAUAUCAAUUGUGGAGAUAAUGAGGGAUGGACACCAUUGCAUGCAACUGCAUCUUGUGGAUUUAUAUCCAUUGCUAAAUAUUUAAUAGAAAAGGGAUGUAAUUUGGCAGCAGUUAACUAUGAUGGUCAAUUGGCUCUUGAUAUUGCAGAAAGUGUUGAAAUGGAAAAUAUGCUGCAACAACAUAUAAAUAAAUCUGGCAUAGACUGUGUUGAAGCUAGAAGUGAAGAAGAAAGGUCAAUGUUAAAUGAUGCCAGGGCAUGGCAAGCAGGAGCAACAGGCAAGGAUGCAAUUCACCCUAAGUCAGGAGCUACUGCCCUUCAUGUUGCUGCUGCUAAAGGCUAUGUUGAUGUCAUGGAGGAAAAAUAAUGCGAUGUUAAUGCUCAAGAUUUUGAUGGUUGGACACCUCUACAUGCUGCAGCACAUUGGGGACAAUUGGAAGCCUGUGAACUUUUAGUAGAAAAUUUUUGUAAUAUGGACAUUAAGAAUUAUGCUGAUCAAACUGCAUUUGAUAUUGCUGAUACAAAUAUAUUACCAGCCUUGAAGGAAUUAAAAGAAAAACAACAGCAGUUAAUGAAAGAUCAUCCACAAAUUAUUAAUAAAAAACAGCCAACUAUACCAAAGAAACGUGUAUCAACAAGUAACGAAAAUACUAUAAUUAUGCAAGAAUCUGUGGAAACAUUUGAAGAAGAGACGCCAAAUAAAGUUAAAAAAGUCGAACUAGAAAUUCAGUCUGAUAAAGAAGAUUCUAGUACUGGAACCAAUAGCGAUGUUGAAGCGACACGUGAAACAGAUAUGGAAGAGAGUGAUGGUGAAGGUGAAUCUGAGACUAGCUCAGACUCACAUUCUUCCACUUACUCCAAUCAAUCUGAUAAGUCUAACGAAUCAAACCACUCUCCAUGUCUUACAGAUGAUGAAAAGAAAAAUAGAGCAAAUAGAGAGGAAACAUCCCCGCGUAAUACACCGUCUGCUAUUGAUACUAAUAAAGUUCCUAAUCAGGCUCCAAUAAUGCCACCUAAACAACAGACUGAUAGUAACGAAGAAGAUGUAAUACCAUCUUGGCGUCGGUCAGGCUCUUUCAGAAAUAGGAUACAAAAUACAGAUGCAACACAUACUUUAUCUACGAAACCUGAUGUGGUAUUAACAAGAACACAUAGUUUUGAAACAGAUGACAAGUUCUAUGAGCAGUACUUGGCAUUACGAGCUCGCAUCAAGGCGUUUUCCUGCCCUACUCUCCAUUGCUGCAACGCAGCUACUCCUACUCACACCAAUACUACGACCCGUUCUGCAUCUCUACGCGAAACCCACAGAAGAAAAGAAGCAAAAUUAAACUUGGAACUAUCAAGACUGCCACAGGGAAGCAAUACACUUUCACCAACAUCUACAUCUAAAACAAUAGUGUCAAGUACACUGCCAACUACUACAGCUACAGCUACUACAACUGCCACAACAACAACAACAACAACAACAACAAGUCCUAUUCCAACCAAUCAAAUACGCAGUGUUCAACCAGUGGAAGCUACAACUACAAACAAUUCAGUAGCAGUUCCUGGAACUCCCACUACACCAGGAGGGAGCAAGCUAAGUCCAGGAAAUAUCUUCAAGAAUUUCUUCAAGUCUUUUGUUCCUCCUGUUCGUGAUGAAGAAAGCGAAACACAAAGAAAAGCCCAUGCAAAGAGGGUAAGAGAAACUCGGCGUUCAACUCAAGGAGUGACGUUAGAUGAAAUCAAAAGUGCGGAGCAACUGGUGAAGAAAAAACAACAAAACAAUGAAAUUCCUCCUACAAUAACUUCUACACAGCCUGCAACCACUACCAGCAAUACAGCCUCGAUUACAGCUACAAUAACAACAGCAACCCCUACUACUGUGACUGCAAAUAAACCUUCAGAAGAACUUAAUUUACCUGAAAGGCGACCUUCUUGGAGGUUGAAAGUGGACAAUGGAAGCAAGUUCCAGUUAGAAGAUGCUAAUAACAGAGCUAGUACACUACCUAAUCCAGAUACUACCACAGCAUAUAUGAGAAGACCUUCUACAGGUACUAGUGUGCCAAGACCAUCAUCAGCUCCAGUUGAAACCAUUGCAACAAGUAGUGCAGAAACAACGGUAACAUUACCACUUAGACGAUCGUUAAAGCAACCUGAAGAUAAAGAACAAGAUAAGGAAAAUGAUAUUAGAAACGCGCAAGCUACACAAGCCGUUAUACAAAGGAGACGGAGGCCUAAGAGAAGAUCUACUGGUGUUGUCCACGUUGAUAUGGACGAAAUAGAUCCUGAGAAACAAGACUUAACUGCUGGUGGUGAUUGUGACGAGUCCAAAAUCAACCACAAUGAAGGAACUCAAGGAAAACCGACAACAGCUGCAGGUUUAAGAGCUCAAGCAUCAGCAAAUGGAAAUUCAAUUUUUGGAAACAGAUCACGAAGUAUUAGUGGAUUGUUUCCUUUGAAUCAAAAUAGCUAUUCAGGUCUGCUAGGCAUUAAUGGAAAUCCUAUUGGAUUGCCAAAUUUUUUGAAUAAAACUACGAAAAGUAAUGAAACAUUUAGAAAAACUCCUUAUUCAAAUUCUACAAGUAAUUUAAAUUAUCAAAAUCCAUACACUACAUAUGGUGGAACUGCAUCAGGGUAUGGAAGUAUAACUCUGCCAAUAAAUCUUAACUCUUUACGUUUACCACCUUCGACGAGUUAUAAUUAUUUAAAUCUUAAUCCAAACACUCAUUCUCAAGUGCAGAGAACUGAAAGUUUUACUAAAAUGAAAACGAAACCAGAUAUUCAAAUAGGAUCUAGAAGUUCUAGUUUACAAAGUUUAGCCAGUUCUGAAGGAUAUAUUAGUGGAAAUGAUCGUACUGGAAGAUCUAACAGGCUAGGAUCUAUAUCAUCAUUAUCAUCAGAAACACCUUCUAUGUCAGUUAGAAUAAAGUCUACAACUUCUGAAAAUGGUGAAUUAGAUUAUAAAAAAUUGUAUGAAGAAUCUCAAGCAGAAAAUGAAAGACUCAAAGAAAAGCUUAAGCGGUCAGAUGAACAAUUAAAGGAAGCCAGAAAUUUAUUGGACAAAGCACAAAGUGCUCAAAAUAAAGCAGUCCUAUCUGAAGCUGAGAAAAGGGAAAGGAGAGCAAUGGAAAGAAAAUUGUCAGAAAUGGAAGAAGAGUUAAAGGUGAUGGACCAAUUGAAAUGUGAAAACCAGAGGCUAAAAGAUGAAAACGGUGCCUUGAUCAGAGUAAUCAGCAAAUUGUCCAAAUAACUCUAAUAGUCUUAAAAG